AUGUUACUUAGUGCCGGCCGUCGCAUAGUGUUUAUUCAAAGAAGACUUCUUACCAAUCAGCAGAAAUUUUUACCAAACCGGGAAAGGAUUAUCUAUAAAACAAGAGGGGAGGCUGUCAGAGACUUCUUCAAAGUAUCUGGAUUCAAUUUAUCAUGGCAGCUUCUUCUAGCGGUUGUCAUAGUGUCAGUUUACCCUUUCAUCUUAAAAUUUAUUAUUCAUUCCAGUGAAUUCGGCUUUCCGACGCCCGAUAUCGUUUAUGAUAUUAAACGCGUGAUCUCCCCAGAUUUCGAUUUGUACUGCAGAUCGGGAAACCUUGUUGAUUUCCAAUUAGACUUUGAAAAUAGGUUACGAGCGGUGAAAAAGGAAGAAGUUCGGAGUUUUGAGCAAUCAGAUAAUGCGAAAAACCCAGCCGCUAAGUUUGGCGGCAUUAUUUAGUCAUAAUCAGUCUUUCACUCAGAUUGUUAUAUAGGAGUUAUUACUGUUGUUGAUCUUUUUUGUUGCUAGAUGUUCAGAUAAAAAGUUUGGCAUUUCAUUCUUUCUUAGUUUUUUUUGUCGGUAAUCUGCCGUUGAUUUUUCUGAUUCUAAAUGUGAUUAAUGAUAUUUCUAUUUUUAAAGUCUAGAAAACUGGAAAUGUCAAACGAGAAAAACGAAACAUCGAAUGGAUCAAAGGCGAAAAAGGUUUUUAAUAAUAUCGAAAACUUGUUCACUAAUUGAUAUUUAAAUUUAAGAACGCUCCUGCGACGAAUACAGUGGCGAAUGUGAACGAUUUGGCGCCUGUAAAGCCUCUUGGGAAACCGACAGAAGGCGAGGUCAAGCCUCUCGGAGCGCCUAUCAAAACGCCUCAGAAAACGGUAAGAGAUCUGUUUUAGAAAUUUUCCAAGUUUUUUUUUCAGGGUACUGGGGUCCGUCGCCCGAAAUAUGCUCAAAACCUGGUUAUUGAAAAAUUAUGUUUUAUUCUUUUUAAGUAGAAUCGUUUAGAAGAAGAUUGACUUCACUGAGGAUCCUGUGAUGGGAGAUCAAUUCGAGGCUUUCGGCACUCCUGAGAAAUCUUUGAACGAUGAUUCUCCAGCAAAAGCCCACAAUAAUAACAAUAACAACAACAAAAAACCACGUUAUUACCAAAAUCGUCGGUUUUAUAAAAAACCGGCCGUUCGUAAAGAGCUUCCAAUUCCUGAAGUGGUGAGAUCGAAAUUUUUGAGACUCAAAACAAAAAAAAACUUUCAGCUGGCGAUUCCCGACGAAGUUGAAUGCCAAGAAUACCAAGUCUCCGAUGAAAAUAUUGUAUGUUACAACGGCCAAAGCCAUUUUCUCAGUAGUCUUUUUUCGGUAAUGGUUAUGAAUUGGUCAUUAAAUGUACUAUUUUUUCAGUCUCCGAUAUCGAUUGACGGACAUGAGUACACGUCGGUCGAACAUUAUUACCAAGCUUGUAAGCUGUUUACUCUUGCCGGACAAGACGUUGCAGCGCAAACAAAAACUGUCUUUUUUUUCAUAAUUUUCAAAGUUUUAUCCAAGUUUUUAGGCGAAAACUCCAUUUGAAGUGAAAAAGCUAGCUAAACGAUUGCUUCAAAACGCUGUUCAAAGUGAAAAGGUACUCUUCAUUCUUUUUUCUUACUUUUAUUUCGUUUCUCUACAGAUUGAUGAGUGGAAGCGGACUGAGGCGUUUACGGUGUUGAAACAUGCUACCUAUCAGAAGUUCGCUCAGAAUCAAGAGUUGAAAGAUAAACUUCUUGAAACUGGAAACAAAAUUCUGGUUCAUUCCUAUGGAGGGUAACAGAAAUAUGUUCGAAAAAUGGUACGUUUAUUGCUUCAGAGACACCCAUUUUGCUGCUGGAGAAGAUCAAAAAGGCGUCAGUGAAUGGGUGAAGAAGAAUGAAGGAACGACGAUCAAGGUUAUUUGAAUAAAAAAACAGAUAUACAUAAAAAGAAAGGUUCCAGGUUCCACGAAAAGCUACAGCUGACGACGUGAAAUAUUUCCCACUGAUCGGUAGAGGAAAGAAUGUUCUCGGUUUCAUCACAAUGCAGGUUUGAGAAUUCCUUUAAUUUCCUUUCCAAAAUGAAGUUUUGAGGUUCGCGAAGACCUUUUGGCCAUUUCCGAGGAGAAAGAAUAA